GGAAUCAUUAACCUCUGAUGUAAUAUCUGGCAAGUGGAUAGUGUUCUCAGUCGACGGAUGAUAGAAGAAUAUGCGCCUCGACGUGGACAAGAGCAACCAACCAUAGUUGGAACAGUGGAUUUUGGCACCAACGAGUUCUGACGAAGCACGAACAUAGAACGACUUGUCGUACGCCGGAGAAUAGGCUUCGCAGCAACAACAGGAUGAGUCGUUGCCUAUCCUAGGAAGGCCCAACAAAAAUGCAGAUUUAACCUUCUCAUAAAUGACAUGGUCGAAGAAAGCCCUGAAGUUCCAAUUGCGACAGGUAGCUCUGAAAUUAGAGUAAUCUUCCCAUAAUAAUUUCCGGCGAAUCAAAUUCAAUAUCCCGUCGGGAAGAUCAGCCCACGAUCUUGCAUCGCUCAUCUUUGCUCUCCCCUCUAUUAGACGGAAAGAGAGUAGCGGGUGGUUGUUUAUCUCGGAAGAGGCUUAUUGGGGCUGAUAUAUAUAGAAAAGAAUUGGAUUACUUCUCCUCCCCGGAUAGGGAAUCUGUUGUUUUGUUCUCCUUGUCUGACUUGGAAAGAGGAUUCCGAGUCCGACCCUGCAACUCCCUUCUUCUGCCACAUCCGUCAUCGAUGUGCGCUCUCUCUGGCCUUUCUUGCCGGAGUUAGGGCUUUCGCCGCUCAAAUCCUCAUCGGGGAUAGCAGCUGCCAUACCACGCCAUCAGUACCGAAACCUCUUCCAGACACGCCACCAACCAUGAGUCUUACUGAAAUUGCUCUGCUCGGCUUGAUUGCCCUCCUCCCAAUUGGAACUGGAUUGCUAGUUUUCCUCUCCAGCCAGCGCAUAUUGGUCGGGGAGUUUCUUUGUCCCUCGGUGGCGGCGGUGAUGGGUUUGCGAAGGCGUCGGUCAGAACCGCAUCCAACGGAAAUCAGGGCAGAGUCCCGCAGCAUCCAGGUGAAAGGAAAUAUGAGGGACAAAGAGUCAUUCAACCUCAUCAAAGAGAUACAUGAAGCUGAAAGUGAAGAAGCCUCCAAGGAGGGUGUUCACAUCUUUUAUCUUGAUCAUCAUAAUAAUUCCAUAUAA